UCUUGUAUCCAGCUGGCCAUAGUUCAUUGCUGUUUUUUUAAUUAUAAGGCCGAGGGUAAUUGAACCUGAGACUAGGGGGUUGCGUAGUAUUCGGGUAUUAACCGGAUUAACUGACCAAACCAAAAAAAAAUUUAAUUUGGUUCAAAUUUUGGUUGAUUCAUUUUGGUUGUGGUUAAUUUUUUUGCAACUGUUGGUUGAUUCGGUUUGGUAUGAGUAUGAAAUUUUAGAAUUAACCGAGUUAUAAAUAUACGAUUUUAUUUUUUGUAAUAUUUUUAAAAAACUUUUAGGUAUUUUUGUGAUUUUUUUGUAGGAUUUAGAUAUCAAUUUGCCCUCUAAAUUUGUAUAUAAUAAAAAAUUAACACCAAAAUUACUUUUAUUUUUAUUCUUUUAAUAAUUAAUAUUAAUGAAAUUUUGUUAUUCGGUUAGCCAAAAUAACCGACCGAAUCAAAUAUUUAUUUCGAUUUGGUUACAUUUGGUUAUAUAUAUUUUGGUUACCAUUAUAAAAAAAAUUAAAAAAUUCGAUUUUGUUUGGUUCGGUGCACACCCCUACAUGACAGCUGAGAUCCCUUGGUUGAAUUUUAAUGUCACUAAUACUAGGCUCUGCCUGCAUAAACGAGAUCGUUAUUGUUCUUGUUUAUAGGUUUUGCAAUCAUUUUUGAGUAACAGCUAUAAUUCCUAGUCCUUAACCAAGACAAUGCAUAUAAAAUGAUGAAAAGAACUAAGGAUUCUCUUAUCUCAUGCCUAGUUAUCAACGUAGAGACCAAUGUGCACGCUUCUAGGUUUUAAAUAGCAGCAAUCAACUUAUCUGAACUUACAGCACACAGCAAGCUUUGGAGCCGAAAAAAAUAAUGGAGAUUGAGAUGAUAUCCAGAGAAAACAUCAAACCAUCUUCUCCAACCCCACCUCAUUUGCAGACCUACAAGCUUUCCGUUCUCGACCAGCUCAUGCCUUCUGCACAUGUUCCGAUCAUCUUUUUCUACAGGCCAGUUGAGCAACAUGACAUGUCGGCAAAGUUACAGAACCUGAAGCAAUCUCUAUCAGAAGCCUUAACUUCUUUCUAUCCAUUUGCAGGCGAAGUGAAGGAUGAUCUUUACAUAAACUGCAACGACAAUGGAGUUUUUUACACCGAGGCUAAAAUCAGUUGCUGUCUUUUGGACAUUCUCGGAAAACCCGACAGCAAAACUAUGUUUAAUUUACUUCCGGGCAAUUCCUCCUUCAUGGAAUGGUCAGGAAAUAGAAUUCCUGUUGCAAUGAUUCAAGUCAAUAUUUUCAAGUGUGGCGGUGUUGCUAUUGGAACUAAAACUUCACAUAAGAUCAUUGAUGGUCCUACAUCAACUGCAUUUCUCAAGGCAUGGGCAGCCAUUGCCCGUCAAUCGGGCGAACGAGUCCAACCUUGUUUCAUUGCACCAACUCUAUUCCCACAGAAUCACACAUUGCCUAAAGAUACACUCUUAGCUAUAUGGCCAUCAUUGAUAAAAUUUGGCAAGGGUGUAACCAAGAGAUUUCUAUUUGAUUCUUCAUCUUUAGCCAUCCUUAAAACCCGAGCAGCUAGCUCGUUUUUCGUCCAUCGUCCAACUCGGGUCGAAGCUGUGUCGGCUUUUGUAUGGCAAUGCUUUAUGCUUGCCUCUGAAGCGAAACAUGGUCGCCAAAGACCGUCGUUCUUGUCGCUUAUUAUGAAUUUGAGAGGGAAACAUUGCACCAAAUUGCCUAACAACUCAAUUGGAAAUCUUCUUUGGAUGACAAUUGCACAAUGCAAUGCAGAAACAAAUAGAGAGCUGAAUUAUUUGGUGGGUCUAUUAAGAAAAUCUGUAUUGAAAAUUGAUGGUGAUUUUAUCAAGAAUUUAAGUGGUGAAGAAGGGUUUUCAAAAAUUUGUGAAUGUCUACAAGAAUUUGGUGAAAUAUAUUCAAAUGAAGAAGCUGAUUACUUAACAUUCAGUAGUCUAUGCAAUGUUGGCAUCUAUGAAACUGAUUUCGGGUGGGGAAAGCCUAUUUGGGUUAGCCCGGGUGGAAUAACUGGACCGGUAUUUCAGAAUUUGGUUUUUCUGAAUGAAACAAGCGUUGGUGAUGGAAUUGAAGUUUGGUUAACUUUGGAUGAACAAGAUAUGAAUAUUUUGGAAAGUGACACAGAGAUACUUUCAUUUUCUAAUUUGGACCCAAGUCCACUCUCUUGAUACUUUUUUUUAUUUGAUGGUUUCAUCAUUAAAAAUAUAUUCUACUUUUUUAAUUUUUUUAUUUAA